UCGCUGGUUCCUCGGGGUGUGCGUCUGCCUGAAACCCGGACGUGACGUAGGCGCGCUGCCAUCCAGCAGGGACACGCUCUCCGGUAUUUACAGGAGAGCUGCCGAACUGCAUGCAUCGCCCCGGGAGCCCUGCAGCGCGACCUACCCGCGGUCUGCCACCCCAACAGUCAUGGCGCCCUUGCCUUUGCCCCUGUCGUCUCUUCUGAAGCACCGGGACUGUCUGCAGAAGGCCGGCGCGUUUUCUAGCGCGCUACAGAGUUUACACCGCCGGCCCUUCGCGUCUCGCGCGUGGAGACGGAGCCCCGGCGCGGUGGCCCACGGAGCCGGUCGCUUACUGUCACGUCGAGCCGGAUCCCCGAGCUACGCAGCGUGUGUCUUUCGCUGCUCUUCGGGGGCUCAGGACACGACAGCGAGGCUGCGGUCUGUUUACAACGAGACCAAAAGGCAGACGGAAGAUUUGAUCCCAGCCAUUUGCGCCAACUCCAUCAACCCGGACACCAUUUUUGCAAACAAUGAGAUGAGCCUCAGAGACACGGAGAUCUACGGCUUCGACUAUGACUACACCCUGGCUUUCUACUCCAGGGACCUGCACACCCUGAUCUUCAACAUAGCGCGGGACAUUCUCAUCACACACCACAAUUAUCCAGAGGGUCUGAGAAACUAUGAAUAUAUUCCAAAUUUUGCUGUAAGAGGACUUCACUACGAUGUUCAGAAGGCGCUGCUGAUGAAGAUCGACGCCUUUCACUACAUCCAGUUGGGAACUGUAUACAGAGGUCUUCAUCCAGUCCCUGACGAGGAAGUCAUUGCCAUGUAUGAAGGUUGCCACGUGCCUUUGGAGAACAUGAGCGACUUCUAUGGGAAGAGCUCCCAUGGCCACACCAUGAAACAGUUCAUGGACAUAUUCUCCCUGCCCGAGAUGACUCUCCUGUGUUGUGUCAACGACUUCUUCAUGAAGCACAACAUCGACUAUGAGCCGGUGCAUCUCUACAAAGACGUGAAGGAAGCUAUUCGAGAUGUUCACGUCAAGGGCAUCAUGUACCGCGCCGUGGAGGCCGAUAUCGGGAAAUACAUUUGCUAUGGCGAGCAAAGCCACGCUGUGCUGAAGAAGCUGUCGGAGCAUGGGAAGAAGAUGUUCCUCAUCACCAACAGCCCAUUUGACUUUGUGGACCGAGGAAUGAACUACAUUGUGGGGAAGGACUGGCAAGACCUGUUUGAUGUUGUGAUCGUUCAGGCUGACAAACCUGGUUUCUUUAAUGACAGGAGAAAACCUUUCCGGCGAGUGACAGACAAAGGUGCGUUGCUGUGGGACAGGAUUCACAGGUUGGAAAAGGGGAAGAUCUACAAACAGGGAAACCUUUAUGAGUUCCUGAGACUCACCGGCUGGAGAGGGUCCAAAGUGCUCUACUUCGGGGAUCACAUCUACAGCGACUUGGCAGAUCUGACUCUGAAACACGGCUGGAGGACGGGCGCCAUUAUCCCUGAGCUGAGGAAGGAGAUCAAGAUCAUGAACACGGAGCAGUACAUGCACAUGAUGGCGUGGUUACAGGCGCUGACGGGCCUCAUCGAACAGAUGCAGGUGCACAGGGACGCGGCAUCUCAAGCUGUCGUGGAGGAGUGGAUCAAAGAGAGAGAAGGCAUGAGGUCACAGACGAAGGACUUUUUCAACGCUCAGUUCGGGAGUCUCUUCCGGACGUACCACAACCCCACCUAUUUCUCACGCCGACUCUCCCGCUUCGCUGACAUCUACAUGGCCUCCAUCAGCUGCCUGCUCAACUAUGACUUCCAGCACACCUUUUUCCCUCGGCGUACCCCCCUGCAGCACGAGGGCCCCUUCUGGCCUGAACACAGCCCCGCUGGCAUUAGUGUCUCCUCACAACUCAGCAAGAUGAACGUAGACUCUGAUUAAAAUGAGGGAGACUUAGAUUGGAUUCAUUUGUAGAGAUAAUAUAUAUAUAUAUAUAUAUAUGUAUAUAUAAUGCAUGCCACAUUUUAAGGGAUGUCUAGCUGGCAAUGAUCACGUUGACUGUUGAUGUUAUUUUAGCUUGAAACUAGUUAGUUACGAAGCUCCUCUCAAAGAAUUAAGUCUUUAAGAUGACCAGUGGAUUAGUGCUUUUUAAGCAAAAUUACACCUAGACAGACAGUGCACUGUGAUGUUUUAAUUUUAGAAACUUUGUACUUAUAUUUAUGUCUUACAGAGAGUGUGUGUGUGCGUGCGUGUGUGUGUGUGUGAGAGAGAUACUGUAUAUUGAAAAUGGUGCAAAGGUGGUGUAUGUACACAGUCUAAACAACAGGGGGCAGUCACACCAUCUGUGGCUACAGUAUAAAGAAGAUUACCUUUAGCAUUUCUCUAUGCUUCACAUCUAUAACAUUAUACCAGACUGUCAGCGAAAUGGUAAUACUCGGAUGUGACCUUUACAUGAAGAACUGUUGCCUUAAUCUACUUUGUUAUAUCAAUGCAGUGUGUGUAUUUUUGAAGUAGUCCAACACCGUAUGUUGCAUUGUGUACAUCUCAUUGUGAAAUGCACAUCGUGAUGUGAUGCACGCUUCACAUUUCUGGUCAGAGAUCUUUGUAUUCUAUAUUACAUUUUCUUUCUUUUUUUUAUUAUUUCAUUUUUUUUUUAGGAAAUGCAAAAUGUUUGAGAUCAUUUGAGAUUAUUAUUGCCUUGUUUAGGAAAAGAGUGUUGCCAAUUGAUCUGGGAAGGCAUUUGUUUUAAGUUUUACAAUUCUGCACAACAUGCAAAAAAUGUUUUCAUAUUUGCCGGAAAGAGAGUUUUAAAAUGUGUUUGAUGUAAUAUUUAGACAUUAGGAACUCUGAAUAUAUGUGGCCACAACCAAAAUCUCAUUGUUUAUUAGUGUUUCUGUAGUUAAUCAUUUUGUUUCACUGUUUAUUAAAAGUGAACAGGGUUUAAUGAUGA